AUGAAGGUCUCACUUGCCCUUUUGACGACGCUGUGCGCGUCUCUCGCCGCCGCCGGCGUUGUGAUCACCCCCGUCCGCCCAAAUCAAAUCAUCCCGCCAGACCAGAAGGUAUCCGGGGACUGCUUCUUCGGCGUCGUCACGCCCCAGGGCUGCGCAACUCCCUCCCGGCCAGACGGCGAAAAAAUGGCCCCGCAGUAA